AUGGGACUUUCUCAGAUUUUACAGCAUACGUCGUCAGUAUUGACGCCGGAGGACAGGGCUAACUUGGAUAGCCCCCUUACAGCUAAUGAUUUCUAUUGGGCUUUACAGCAUACGACGCCUGGGAAGACGCCAGGUCCGGAUGGCUUGCCUCUUGACUAUUAUAAAGUCGAUUUACCCCUUUGCAGCCGUAUUUUAGAGGUGAUUUACGGUGCCCAAUUUCACAAGAGGAAAAUGAUCAAAUUUCAGUGGCGGGCUCAGAUUUCGCUGCUAUAUAAGCACAGUGAUAGAACAUUGCCUAGCAACUAUCGGCCUAUUACCCUUCUUAACGUAUACGCUAAAUCAGGGCCCGAAAUUUUGGCGCACCGACUUGGCCGUGUUUUGAAGUAUCUUUUGCACUCAGAACAAUCUGGGUCUGUUCCAGGUCGGGGUAUUCGGCAAGCCUAUAUUCGCUUGAAAGCACUGGCACAGUUAUACUCAAAUUUUGAUACUCCAGCAGGUGCAGUUCUAUUGGACUUCGCUAAGCUUUUGAUAGUGUGGUAUGGGAUGCUUUGGAUAUGA